AUGUCGGGUCUUAAAUCUGACAUAGAAAAAGGAGAAAUGAAGGGUGAGUGGAAAACUUUUGACCAGCAGAGAGAGGAGUUGCUGAGGGCGCUACGGGUCAUGCGACCCGGGAAUGCGUCUGAGAAAAAAUCAGAGGUUGCGGUGGCAAAAAAGAUUAAAGAGUUGUGUGUUGAAGAAGGAGUGAAAGGAGAUUUACGAGGUUCAUUGGCAAAAGUGCUUCUGGGAAUAGCACAGAAGCGGCAGGGAGAAGAGCAGGAGAUUAAGGCGGAGAUAGAGGAGGCCUCUGUUUGGGGGAGGCGGAGGCUGAAAAGCCAGUUGCAGGAAAUACAGGAGGAGAGGGCUCGCGUAACAAGGUGGGCAGUGACAUGCCAGGGGGUGGAGCAUUGGAUGAGGGAGCGAAAGGAGGAGCCGGAUAAGCUAAUGCGACCGGCUUCCCAGGUGAAGUCAUCGCUCACUGGCUUCCCUCCUCCCUAUCAGGCUCCCGCCCCCCUCUAUCCUGUGUUGAGAGUAGAACAGGGCUGUCUCUCUGGUGGGGAUGGCCAAGUGUUAGAGGUUACAGGAGGCUAUGUGGAUUGUGAAAUAUCUAAAGAGCCCAAACGGCCAACUCCAACACCGGAAAGUGGAAAAUUAAAGCAAAGUUCUACUUUUGUCGGUGAGGAGGGAGCCUGUGGCGGAGCACAAACCCCGCCCCUGAAACACUCACCCCUGCAGGACGAGUGUGAAGAAGAUAGAGCUGUGGGGAAAGCUGAGGUGUGCGGCCCUUCUGAGGACGCAUACGAGGGGUGGUUAUCAGGCACAAUUGAUGACCACCUUAAAGUGGGUGCCUGUGGGGAGCACAGAUUUGAAGCAGGGCCAGAGCUAGGAGGGGCCUUUCACAAUAGGGCAGCUAGAGAGAGAGUAGGAAGAGGCAGAGUAGUCAGGCCUAAACCGGGAAACAUACCUCAUCCCAUGGUGCGUCGGAGUCAGGAAGAUAAGGACAAUGUUGAUUUAGCUGGUGAGUUCCCCCUGGUGGUGACCGCUGGGGGUCGAAUGAAAUACAAGCCAUAUGGAGUGGGAGACGUUACUGCAUUAAUAGAAUUAUUACCUCCUAUUACAGACGGAGGUGCGGGGUGGCUGAGAGAGUUUGAUAGAGCAACAACUGGUGUUCAAUUGGCUCUGGGAGAUUUCAGAGCUGUGGUUGCCAGAUGUGUCAAAGGCACAGCUCUGGAUGACAUAGAGAAGAUAGCAGGUACAGCAUUGAUGAUUGAUAGCACCCCAUUUUGUCGUGUCGUGAAUGUGAUCUCAAAUGCAUUACGUGAACAAUAUCCCACUCCAAAUGCUGCUAAGAUUUUGAAGUUGCUGUGGAAGCCUGAUCAGACUCCAAGGGAGUACAUUGAACAGGCUAAAGCCACGUGGGCCCUUAGAACUGGCCAGCAUCCUGGUAGAGAAGGGAUGCAACAAUUGUGGUUCAGAGAAGCUGUGUUGAAAGGUGUGCCCGAGCAGGUCAGGGUAGCCAUGUUGGAUAACCCCGACAUGGAAGGGGCGGAGUCUCACGUGUGGGAGAAGCAUCUGGUGCACCGCCUGCAGAAAGCUCAUGAUGAAGUUAUGGCUAAAGAUGAUGACACAGAUAAAAUGAGAGAGCAAUUGUUGAAAUUACAGCUGGGUGAGCCGACACUCAGGGACCCGCGCAGGGACCAAAUUGGGGUGGCCGUGGGGUCGGUAGAGGCAAUUGGGGUUCACGUGGUGGUCAACGGGGACGAGGCGGCGGCAUGGGCAGACAAAGGGAGAGGCCUGGGCAUAGGGGGAGGGGCAGACCCCCUGGUGCCACUGAGGGUUCAAGGACGUAACCUGCCCUUUUUAGUGGACACAGGAGCAACAUAUUCCACCAUUCGUACUGCUCCUGAAGACAUUCCACUGUCUGACACCAACAUCAGUGUGAUCGGCUUCUCUGGGGUACCCAUGACCCUGCCAGUAACCGCCCCUUUAAAGACUGAAAUAGGACGGCAGUCCUUAACACACUCAUAUAUGGUCUCAUCACAAGUUCCAGUUAAUCUGUUGGGCAGGGACCUGCUCAUUAAGCUUGGAGCUACUAUCAUGUGUGGAGCUGAUGGAUUAACAGUGACUUUAAAAGAUGGAACACAGCUGUCCUGUUUGCAAUCAGGAAUGAGAGGACAGUGGCUGUUAUCAGAGGACUGUGAACAUGCAGCACAGAUUUACUGGGCGCGACUGACCACAUCGGAUGGCAUUCUGGCACAGUACCAACUCUGGCGCCCCUGGAUAAUGUCCAUGUCUGUUUAUUCACCCCCGCGUGACCCCUACCACGUGACCCUGUUUUACGAUCGCGAGCAUACUGAGUGGUUUGAAAAUCUAUUUUAUGAGUGUUUAGAUGAGAAAACUUGGGAGCUUAACUCUCAGGACAUCUAUGUUGGCUCAGCUGGAGUGGCAGCGUUUGUGGCACUCACUGAAGAUCAAAUGAGCUGGUAUAGAAUGGGAGAUGAAGCGGUUCCCCACGUGUCGUUGGCAAUACAUGAGGGUCAUCAAGCUAAAGAUUUAGGCCCAAUGGUGAGAGCAGCCAUACGGGCCACUGAUUGGCAGCAAACACAACUCACUGAUGUCUCAUACUCACCCAGUUGUAAAACGUAUCGGAUUUCAGUGAAGGUCACGGACCACAGUGUUUUAGAACACAAACAUUUAAAACGCACACAUGGCAGGGAGAAAUCAGAUCAUGAGGAAGCCGUUAAAGGCCUAGCUGAACUCCCUGACACUCUGUGGUCUAAAGGUCCCACGGAUGUGGGUUUAACAUGUUGUUCACCCGUCACGUUUGAGUUAAAAGAUAACACCCCUAUUUGGCGUUCACAAUACAGACACAGUCCAGAGGCAGAAAAUGGCAUUGCAGAAACAAUUACAGGGCUGCUGCAGGUGGGUGUGUUGGAGCAGUCUUCCUCUGCAUGGAACACUCCAAUCCUCCCGGUUGAAAAAUCAGGCACGGGCAAGUAUCGCAUGGCACAUGACCUUAGGGCAAUAAACGCUGUCCUUAAGACAUCAACAGUACCUGUACCAAAUCCCUACACAGCUCUGACUAAUUUAUCUCCAGACCAGCGGUGGUUCACAUGCAUAGAUUUGGCAAAUGCUUUCUUUUGUCUCCCUCUGCAUCCAUCUUUAAGAGAUAUUUUUUCAUUUACUUACAGGGGCCGGCAGCUGCGUUACACUCGGUUGCCUCAGGGUUUUGCCCUUUCACCGGGGAUUUUCAAUCAGGUACUUAAAAAUGCUCUUUCUCCAUGUGUAUUGCCUGAAGGAUGCACACUGAUCCAGUAUGUGGACGACUUGCUGAUUGCUGCUACAACAGCUGAUGCGUGCUUUCAAGCAACAAUGACUGUGCUUCGUCAGCUGGCCAAAACAGGUUUUAAAGUAAGUAGAGACAAACUUCAACUUGUCAGAACUGAAGUUACAUUUUUAGGUCGUGUGGUGGCGAUGCAGUCGGUGGGCAUGUUGACAUCCCAGAGGGAAACAAUUAUGUCUCACCCUCAGCCACGGACAGUCAAAGAAAUGUUGUCAUUUCUUGGACUUACAGGUUAUAGUAGACACUACAUUCCUGACUAUGUGGGCAAAACCAAACCAUUGAGGGAUUUGGUGAAAGAACAUGGCAUGAGGGAUCUCACUGCCACUUUGAACUGGACCACUGAAGCUGAAAUGCGCUUCAUUGAACUGAAACAGGCCCUGUCUCGUGCUGCAGAUUUAGCAAUCCCCGAUUAUAACUCUGAUUUCUUUGUUGAUGUUUCUGAAACAAAUGGCGUGGUGAAUGGAGUUUUGUUUCAGAAAAAAGGGGGAAGGAGACGUGUGCUGAUGUAUAUCAGCAUUGGUCUGGAUAACAUGGAAAAGCGACACCCCACGUGCACACAGCAUGCGGCAGGGGUGGCAAAAAUAAUUCAGAAAGUGGCACACGUUGUGAAAGGGCACCCACUGAAAGUGUUAACCACACACAGUGUGGUGGCCUAUGUGAACUCACAAGUAUUCACAAUGACCCCACUGAGACAACAGAGACUGACUAAGAUCCUGGAGUCUCCAAAUUUGACCUUCACACAUGAAGGGAUCAACAUGGCAGACCAGAUGGGAGGGGGGACACCUCAUGACUGUGCACAAAUAGUAGAGGUUGAGGAGAAAGUGAGGUCAGAUUUGAGAACAGAACCGGUGCAUGAAGCAGAAGAUUAUUUCACAGACGGUUGUUGUUUUAGGGAUCCAAGCGAAGGAUUGAAAACAGGUUAUGCAGUGGUGAAAGGAGUCGGAAACCAGCUGCAUGUGGAGAAAUCAGGAACACUAGAAGGACUUCAGUCAGCACAGAGAGCAGAGCUUAUUGCAGUAAUAGAAGCUCUAAGAUUAGGAAAAGGAAAAAGAGUUAACAUUUAUACAGACUCAGCAUAUGUGUUUGGAGCAGCACAUGUGGAACUGGGGCAAUGGAAGAGGGCUGGAUUUAGAACAGCCUCAAACAAACUAAUCAAACAUGAGGAGGAGAUGAGACAGUUGGAGGACGCUCUGAAAGGACCUCUGGAAGUGGCCAUCAUAAAGUGUAAAGGGCAUGAUGAUUCCAACACUUGGGUGGCAAAGGGAAACAGAGCAGCUGACGAAGAAGCAAAACGGGUGGCAGGCUAUCAGGAAGGAAAACAAAUGGUAAGUAUGGGUAUGGAAUGGGGAAACCUGCCAGCCCAACAACGCGAGGACAUUGAAGAGGCGCAAAAAGGAGCCUCACCUGAGGAAAAGGCGGUGUGGCGAGAGAGAGGGGCCAUACAAUCAGAAGGAUUGUGGAGAGGACCCGACGGGCGGCCAGUACUUACUGCAGAAAUGGCUCAGGAGAAAAUUAAAGAAGCUCAUGGGCUAGGACAUGUAGGAGUAGCCCAAAUGCAGAGGGACUUGUGUCAUUGGUGGCAUCCCUACAUGAAAAACAUGGUGAGGGAACACGUGAGAACUUGCCUGAUUUGUGGACAAUUUAAUCCAAAGCCCACCGUGAAACCAGAAAUGGGUAAGUUUCCUUUGCCAGAGAGACCAGGCCAGGAAAUUGUGAUUGAUUACACUGAUAUGAUAACUAUAGUCCGAGGGUUUAGAUAUCUGUUGGUGUGUGUGGAUGCUCUGACCGGCUGGCCAGAGGCGUGGCCAACACGUAGAGAAGACAGUAAAACAGUGAUUAAAUGUCUGGUGAAUCAUUACGUCCCCUGGCACGGAUUUCCAGAAAAGGUAAGAUCUGAUAAUGGCACUCACUUUAAAAAUCGAGAUCUCGCUGAAGUAGAAUGUAUGCUGGGGUUGCAACAUAGAUAUGGUACAGUCUACCACCCACAAUCCCAGGGAAAAGUGGAGAGAAUGAAUAAAAAUCUUAAAAAUAAAGUGGCAAAAAUAUGUGCACAGACAAACAUGAAUUGGGUUGAUGCUCUUCCCAUAGCACUAAUGAGUGUGAGGUGCUCCGUUAAUCAGAGCACCGGAUUUACUCCAUAUGAGCUGCUGACAGGGAGACAAUUUCCCGGCCCUGCAGCAGGUGUAAGAGAGUUAAGAGAGGAGGCAAAUGUGUCUGAACAUGUGCAGCAGUUUAAAGCACUAAAAGCUCUUGUCUCUAGUUUCACUACGCAGGUGGGAGACCCAACAGGGAAGGAGGUGACCACGCCGGAGGUGAAGUGGGUGUGGCUGAAGGUCUAUAAGCGAAAGUGGGACGAGCCGAGGUGGACGGGACCUUUCGAGGUGACCACUCGAACCUCUCAUGCGGUCCAGUUGAGAGGCAAAGGCGACACGUGGUAUCACUGGAGCCAGUGUGCGGCGGCAGAGGAGCCUAGGCGGUCGGAGAGGCUCUUGGAUGGCUCGGUAACCAAGGCUCUGGAAGGGCUGCGAACUCUGGCUCAUAACAUGCACGAGCACUCAGGUAUUGAGAACCCGCUGGAGGAGUGGAUGACUUCUGUGUUUGGGCAAUGGAAAGGAGCACUGGUAAUCCGUCUUAUUGACAGGGCCAUAGCCUCGGGGCCGGAGGGCCCGGGGGUCAUGAUGCCUCUGUUGAAGGAUGGGCCUGAGGAUCAGGAGUUGGUGGACCUUGCGACCCUGGAGUGCCUGGGGGGCCUGGAAAGCGGCCGGCAGAGGCGAGGUGUCACAGGACGAGCUGGAACCGAUGACGGUGUGGCAACCGCAGGACCAGACGAGGCAGGACCAGACGAAGGCAAAGGCGAUGUCCCGGAGGCCGGACCAGGCGUGGACGAAGAGACGGAGGCCGGACCAGGUGAAGGCGGAACUGGACCAGAGGCUGGACCUGACGGCAGCGGGACGGCUGCAGGCGGUGAGGUGAACGCUGCAGGCGGUGAGGUGAAAAAAUGUCAGUUGUAA